AUGAAGCUCUUUUUGCUGUUCCUCUGCCUCUCAGGGCUGGCCCUCGCCAGUUGCAAUGUGUUGCAGUUUGGUUCAAUGAUUAAGCACAAGACAGGGAAAUCGGCGCUGUCCUACAAUGGUUACGGUUGCUACUGUGGCCUGGGGGGAUCCAAACAGCCAUUGGAUGCGACUGACUGGUGCUGCCAUGCCCACGACUGCUGCUACAAGAAGCUGGCCUCCUCUCGCUGCAGUCCCAAACUGGUCACAUACAAAUACUACACCCUGGGAAGCCAGAUAAUCUGCGAAGCCGGGAAUACGUGCCAAAGACAGACCUGCGAGUGUGACAAGCGGGCGGCAGAGUGCUUCAAAAGGUCGGCCAGUACCUACCGCAGCACAUACAAGAAUUACCUCAAUUUACGGUGUAAGGGCGCCACUCCCUCCUGCUAG